CUCAGUCACUCUAUGACUGACACCCUUGGGACAUGAAGUGGAUACUGUUCCUUGGGGCCCUUAUUGGGCUCAGCUUCUGUGGCCGAGAAAAGUUUUUUGGGGACCAAGUUUUUAGGAUUAACGUCAGAAAUGGAGACGAGAUCAGCAAACUAAGUCAGCUAGUGAACUCAGACAACUUUAAGCUCGAUGUUUGGAAAGCUCCUUCCACCUUCAGUCGUCUUGUGGAUGUCCUGGUCCCAUCUGUCAGCCUGCAGCCAGUCAAAUCCUUCCUGAAGUCCCAGGGCUUAGAGUACUCGGUGACAAUCGGAGACCUGCAGGCCCUUUUAGAUCAUGAAGAUGAAGAAAUGCAACACAAUGAAGGGCAAGAGCGAAGCGGUAAUAACUUCAACUAUGGGGCCUACCAUUCCCUGGAAGCGAUUUAUCAUGAGAUGGAUAGCAUUGCUGGAGAUUUUCCUGAUCUGGCGAGCAGAGUGAAGAUUGGGCAUUCAUUUGAAAACCGGUCCAUGUAUGUACUGAAGUUCGGCACUGCAGAAGGCGGGCGGCGGCCGGCCGUUUGGCUGAACGCAGGCAUCCAUUCCCGGGAGUGGAUCUCGGUGGCCACAGCGAUCUGGACUGCGAGGAAGAUUGCAUCUGAUUACCGGAAGGACCCAACCAUCACCUCCAUCUUGGAGAAAAUGGAUAUUUUCUUGUUGCCUGUGGCCAAUCCUGAUGGAUAUGUGUACACACAAACUCAAAACCGAUUAUGGAGGAAGACACGGUCCAUAAAUCCUGGAAGCCGUUGCGUUGGUACUGAUCCAAACAGAAAUUGGAAUGCUAGUUUUGCAGGAGAGGGAGCCAGUGACAACCCUUGCUCUGAAAUAUACCACGGACCCCAUGCCAAUUCGGAAGCGGAGGUGAAGUCGGUGGUAGAUUUCAUCCAAGAACAUGGGAAUUUCAAAUGCUUCAUCGACUUGCACAGCUACUCACAGCUGCUGAUGUAUCCGUAUGGAUACACAGUGAAGAAGGCCCCAGACGCUGAUGAGCUGGACAAGGUGGCAAGGCGUGCGGCCAAAGCUCUGGCUUCCCUGUCGGGCACGACGUACCAAGUGGGUCCUACCUGCACCACUGUCUACCCAGCUAGUGGGAGCAGCGUUGACUGGGCAUACGAUAAUGGCAUCAAGUAUGCGUUCACGUUUGAGUUGAGAGAUACCGGCCACUAUGGCUUCCUCCUACCAGCCAACCAGAUCAUCCCCACUGCCGAGGAGACCUGGUUGGGGCUGAAGACCAUCAUGGAGCAUGUGCGGGACAACCUCUACUAGACGAAGAGCCCCACCCCUGACCCUGUCUUCCGUCAUUUAUCCCCGCGUCUGCCUGCCCGCUAAAGCUACUACUAAAGGGAGCUUGUUCUUUCACGCGUGAGUCAGAGCCCUCUGGCUUUGUGGGGCACGCAGGGCAGCCCCUCUCCGGCCCUCAUCCUUGAAGCUUGUAUGUUCUGGUGGUGGACCUUAGAGAGGCGCUUCUGCUACCCUGCUGUGUUUUGGUCCUGCUGUUUCACUGGGCCCUUCGUAGGCCCUUCCGUUCAUGUAAUUGUCUGGGUAGGCCACACGUAGGGUCACUUCUUACUGGGUGGCAUGUCUCUACCUCAUUCUUGGAACAAAAAGACAUUGAACGUGGUUCUCUAGCCUUAUCCAAUCUAGCCUAGCUGGUGACCUUGCUCUGCUGGGGCCCCAAGAGAGGCACCAUGGGAGAGACCAUGGCUCGUCUUUGAGAUCAGUCUCUGAGAUGACACCGAGCUUCCUUUCGUUUAUCUCACUCCUUCUUGAAUAUAUUUGUCUUUGAAAAAUAAAUCUUGUAGGGCUA